AUAUGCUAUGCUGUGCCCCCCACAAGUGUAGUUAUCUGUCACCACACAGUGCUAGCACAGUGACAUUGACUGUAUUCCCUACACUGUACCUUUCAUCCCUGUGACUUAUUUAUUGCGUAACUGGAAACUUGUAUUGCCCACCCAUCACCCCUACAGCCAUCGGUUCUCUGUAUAGGUCUGUUUUUGCUUUUUGUUUGUUUAUUCGUUUGUUUUGUUUUUUAGAUUUCACAUUUAAGGGAAAUCAUAUGGUAUUUGUCUUUCUCAGUCUGACUAAUUUCACUUAGCAUAAUACCCUCUAGGUCAAUCCAUGUUGUCGUAAUCAUGCCGUAUUUUUUUUUAUGCCAUAUUUUUAACUGUAUUAAGCUGUAGAGCCAAAAUGUUAGUGAAGGCAGUUAUUUCCUGGCUUCUGUGCUCAUGAAUCAAAUUGUAACUAUUUCUUUGACUUUGGAUUUGUGGUUACUUGAGCUAAUUUAAGUGAUGCAAAAGAUGAGUCUCCUUAGGGCGUUUCCUCUUUUUAAAAGUGUAUUUGGUGUUUUAUUGUAAACAGGUUUUCUCCAAGGAAACUUUUCUCUACAGGCUUACUUCAUCAUCCAUUUAGGAACAAAAUCCCAUCAAUAUGUACUGACUGAUCCCUACAUACUUUAUUAUUUGUGACUCUUACGUGUGUUGCUUUUUAUUUUACUUAUUUUUUCAAAACAUUCCCAGAGAUUGUUCUGAAUAACCCUGUUCUGACUCAGUCUUUGCUGAUUACUAGACGUUUUCCUUUAGGUUACUCCACCCACUUGGGGACUUGUAAAUGCUUACCCUCCUAUUGGUUCCCUGUGGCCACUGAGUACAUGAGUAAACACCACAUGCAUGUGGCAUUGCUUGUCAGGGAGUGGAAUUCUAAGACUUCUCUACACAGAACAGUUUAACUUUUGUGCUUCUGGGCAGAGGAAUGGUCCUUGGAACAGUCCUGCUUCCGCCUAAUAGUUAUGGCAGAGAUCAGGACACAUCGUCGCUUUGCUGCCUGUGUAGUAGUGAGGCCUCAGACACUGCUGUACCCAACUUGACAGAUCACUUUGCCAGCUGUGUGGAGGAUGGCUUUGAGGGAGACAAGACUGGAGGCAGUAGUCCAGAAGCCUUGCACCGCCCCUACGGUUGUGAUGUUGAACCCCAGGCACUGAACGAAGCCAUCAGGUGGAGCUCCAAGGAGAACUUACUUGGAGCCGCUGAGAGCGACCCUAAUCUCUUUGUUGCACUUUACGAUUUUGUAGCCAGUGGCGAUAACACACUCAGCAUCACUAAAGGUGAAAAGCUGCGAGUCCUUGGUUAUAACCAGAAUGGUGAGUGGAGUGAAGUUCGCUCCAAGAAUGGACAAGGUUGGGUGCCAAGCAACUACAUCACCCCAGUGAACAGCUUGGAGAAACAUUCCUGGUACCAUGGACCCGUGUCACGCAGUGCAGCAGAGUACCUACUCAGCAGUCUAAUCAAUGGCAGUUUCCUGGUGCGAGAAAGCGAGAGCAGCCCCGGGCAGCUGUCAAUCUCGCUCAGGUACGAGGGGCGUGUGUAUCACUACAGGAUCAAUACCACCACAGAUGGCAAGGUGUACGUCACUGCUGAGAGCCGCUUUAGCACCCUGGCCGAACUCGUGCACCAUCACUCCACGGUGGCCGACGGGCUGGUGACGACGUUACACUACCCAGCGCCCAAGUGCAAUAAGCCCACAGUCUAUGGUGUGUCCCCCAUCCAUGACAAGUGGGAAAUGGAACGAACGGAUAUUACCAUGAAGCACAAACUUGGUGGGGGGCAGUAUGGAGAAGUUUAUGUUGGCGUCUGGAAGAAAUACAGCCUUACGGUUGCUGUGAAAACAUUGAAGGAAGAUACCAUGGAGGUGGAAGAGUUCCUGAAGGAAGCUGCAGUGAUGAAGGAAAUCAAGCAUCCUAAUCUGGUCCAACUACUAGGUGUGUGUACUUUGGAGCCUCCAUUUUACAUUGUGACUGAGUACAUGCCGUACGGCAACUUGCUUGAUUAUCUCCGAGAAUGCAGUCGAGAAGAGGUGACUGCAGUUGUCCUGCUGUACAUGGCCACUCAGAUCUCUUCUGCAAUGGAGUAUCUGGAGAAGAAGAAUUUCAUCCAUAGAGAUCUUGCAGCCCGUAACUGCCUAGUGGGAGAAAACCAUGUGGUAAAAGUGGCUGACUUUGGUUUGAGUAGACUGAUGACUGGAGACACCUAUACUGCUCAUGCUGGAGCCAAAUUUCCUAUUAAAUGGACAGCACCAGAGAGUCUUGCCUACAAUACCUUCUCAAUUAAAUCUGACGUCUGGGCUUUUGGGGUACUGUUGUGGGAAAUUGCUACAUAUGGGAUGUCACCGUAUCCAGGUAUUGACCUGUCUCAGGUGUAUGAUCUACUGGAAAAAGGAUAUCGAAUGGAACAACCUGAAGGAUGCCCCCCUAAGGUUUAUGAACUUAUGAGAGCAUGCUGGAAGUGGAGCCCUGCCGACAGGCCUUCUUUUGCUGAAACACAUCAGGCUUUUGAAACCAUGUUCCAUGACUCCAGCAUUUCUGAAGAGGUAGCUGAGGAGCUUGGGCGAGCCGCCGCCGCCUCAUCUGUUGUCCCCUACCUGCCCCGACUGCCUGUACUUCCUUCCAAGACGCGGACGCUCAAGAAGCAGGGGGACAACAAGGAGAAUAUCGAAGGGGCACAGGACGCCACAGAAAAUUCUGCUUCUAGUUCAGCACCAGGGUUCCUUAGAGGUGCACAGGCCCCUAGUGGGUCCCCAGCAUUGCCUCGAAAACAAAGAGACAAGUCACCCAGCAGCCUCUUGGAAGAUGCCAAAGAGACAUGCUUCACCAGGGAUAGGAAGGGAGGCUUCUUCAGCUCCUUCAUGAAAAAGAGAAAUGCUCCCACACCCCCCAAACGCAGCAGCUCCUUCCGAGAAAUGGAGAAUCAACCCCACAAGAAAUACGAACUCACGGGUAACUUCUCAUCUGUUGCUUCUCUACAGCAUGCUGAUGGGUUCUCUCUCACUCCUGCCCAGCAAGAGGCGAAUCUGGUGCCACCCAAGUGCUUUGGGGGGAGCUUUGCACAGAGGAACCUCUGUAAUGACGAUGGCGGUGGGGGCGGGGGCAGCGGCACUGCUGGGGGCGGGUGGUCUGGCAUCACAGGCUUCUUUACACCACGCUUAAUCAAAAAGACACUGGGCUUACGAGCGGGGAAACCCACAGCCAGUGAUGACACUUCCAAGCCUUUUCCAAGGUCAAACUCUACAUCUUCCAUGUCCUCAGGGCUUCCAGAGCAGGAUAGGAUGGCAAUGACCCUUCCCAGGAACUGCCAGAGGUCCAAACUCCAGCUGGAAAGGACAGUGUCCACCUCUUCUCAGCCAGAAGAGAAUGUGGACAGGGCCAGUGACAUGCUUCCAAAAAAAUCAGAGGAAGGUGCUGCUGCAAGUAGGGAGAGACCAAAAGCCAAACUUUUGCCCAGAGGAGCCACGGCUCUUCCUCUCCGAACCCCCUCUGGGGAUCCAGCCAUUACAGAGAAGGACUCUCCAGGGGCGGGGGUGGCUGGAGUGGCAGCCGCCCCGAAGAGCAAGGAGAGGAAUGGUGGGGCGCGACUCGGCAUGGCUGGAGUCCCAGAGGACGGCGAGCAGACGGGCUGGUCUUCUCCGGCCAAGGCCGCAGCAGCCCUCCCAACCACUCACAACCACAAAGUGCCGGUCCUUAUCUCACCCACUCUGAAGCACACUCCAGCUGACGUGCAGCUCAUUGGCACAGACUCUCAGGGCAAUAAAUUCAAGCUCUUAUCUGAGCAUCAGGUCACAUCCUCUGGAGACAAGGACCGACCCCGACGGGUAAAACCAAAGUGUGCCCCACCCCCUCCCCCAGUGAUGAGACUACUGCAGCAUCCGUCCAUGUGCGCAGACCCCACGGAAGAGCCGACUGCCCUGACUGCAGGACAGCCCAUGCCAGAAACACAGGAAGGAGGGAAAAAGGCCGCCCCGGGGGCAGUGCCUGGUGGUGGGAAAGCCGGGAGGCCAGUGAUGCCUCCCCCUCAAGUGCCUCUCCCCACAUCUUCCAUCUCGCCAGCCAAAAUGGCUAACGGCACAGCAGGUACUAAAGUGGCUCUGAGAAAAACCAGACAGGCGGCUGAGAAAAUCUCAGCAGACAAAAUCAGCAAAGAGGCCCUGCUGGAAUGUGCUGACCUACUGUCCAGUGCCAUCACGGAGCCUGUGCCCAACAGCCAGCUGGUGGACACUGGCCACCAGCUCCUCGACUACUGCUCAGGCUACGUGGACUGCAUCCCGCAGACGCGCAACAAAUUUGCCUUCCGAGAGGCUGUGAGCAAACUGGAGCUCAGCCUGCAGGAGCUGCAGGUGUCUUCAGCGGCGGCCGGGGGGCCCGGGGCCAACCCUGUCCUUAAUAACUUACUGUCAUGUGUACAGGAGAUCAGCGACGUGGUGCAGAGGUAGCCACUGUGAGCCUCGUGGGCAGACGCCCACAGCUCUGAGGGGAGAGGGAGAGGGGCUUGUUUUCCUGUGUUCCUGUUUUCAAAAAAUGAAAGACUGAUACUUGAGUGUGUUUAUGUGAAGUACCUCAGAUCUCUGAGCUCUCACGUUUACAGGUUCAUCUCAAAAACAACAAAAAGCAAAAACACGUAGGACAGGGAAAUGAGAUGGGGGCGGAGCAGUCGCGGACAGGAUUGGAAGGCGCACCGGAACAUCAGGGAGCGUGUGUAUGUCAGGCCACGAAGAACCCAGUCCAGCCCGCGGCCUACCCGGAAUGCUGUGCGCUGGGGACACAGGGCUGCUCUCGGCAAGGCCGCAGGCCUGCGCCCGCCCGGGAACUGGCAGUGGCGCUCAUUCCGCACCACACACUGCGGGGUUGGCUUGGGGCUCCAGGGGUUACGAUCGGUGAUGACGCGCCCCCUCGCCGAAUGAAUCGGGUGGGACAGAAGAGGAGAAAGCUGGGAAUGUACCGAGGGACCUUUCCUUUGAGGCUGUUGAACGCAGCUGUUUCCACAGGGCUCCCCGCUGCAGUAAGAACUGCAGAUCAGAUUGCUAGGGUGGGCUCCUGUCCUCUUUCCCAUGGGUGUGCUAAUUGGUGCAGGAAGUUGUCAGGGAGAUUGAAACCUCCUCCUCACAUCUUCUCCACUGAUGAGCAAAAGUCACUUCUCCCAGUCUCGUAGAUUAUUUCCUAGUGGACCAGGAUUGGCUUUCUGCUUGCUGGUGCCCGUCUAGAAAUCAUAGGCAUAGGGGUUUCCUUAGUGGUUCCUCUCUGCUCUUUGCUGGGCAGGCUGUCCUCCUCUAUCUCUGGCAGUAUUCAGGGCACUGACCAGCGUUGGUUUCGAAAAUAGUGGUCAUGUACAGGUUCUCUCAGGAAUCCUUUUCUGAUAUGGUGCCCCUGCAUACCGACAUACUGGCCAAGGAAUUGAGCAGCUCUGUAUUUCUUUAUCAGCUAAACUACCAGGGAGGGAGGUUUCUUGGAAUCCAGUGGUCAGGUCCAGAGGUCUGUGACUGAGAGUUUUCGAGAAGCUGACUCGGUCCCAAUGGCCAUUUCUCUGUACCUUUCUCCUCCCUUAUCACCUUAGACCCAGGCUAGUUGGAGAGCAAGGAGAAACAUUCUCUUAGUCUCUGUGGAUUUCAAAUGAAUCACCCCAAAUUACUCUCAUAUGCUUUUCUUCUUUCACAUAUCCCCCUCCCCCUCAUUGUUGGGUUUGUCUGUAAAUAUCCUAUUGGGAAUACUCUUUGAUAUUUAUUUUGUCAUUUCACCUCUCUUAGAAGAAUGCAUAAUUGAAGGGGCAGGUCAUUUCCAGGAAACACUGAUUAAAUCCUAGAAACCUAAUGACUUAACCCCCAAAUAUGUUUUGCCUUUGAAAAAUGGGCCUUUUCCUUUCCUAUUCAGUUAUUAUUAUGGAAACUAAUUAGGAUCAUAUGGAACUGAACCUAAUCGGUUAGAUACUACUCAUAUUCUUGAUAUCAGGUCUAAUUUUAAUACUUCAUUCUCUUUUUAAAGCUUUACGACCACCACCCCCCACCCACCCAAGGAGAACCUGAUACAAAAGAGUAAAUACACUACUUUUUUCCUCCCAAAGGAAUAUUAACUUAGGAAGCUAGGAAGUGAACACUGAUGGCCUGUGAGUUUUCUUUCUGGCUCUGUCAUCGAUCCCCUGUCAAGCCACAGCCCCAUCUCUUAAUCUGUUAAAUGAAGGUAAUGCUACAUCUUCUCAGGGGUCUUUUGCAGAUAAGCAUAUAGCUGUCCCUUUGAGAGCCACUUCGGUGCAGCGUCGUUACGUUGAAAGGUUUCCAUUCUCUGCUCAGUAGCAGAUAAUGGAAAUGUUGAACUGCUGAGAUGAUGCUAACAGGGCUAGAAUACUAAGGAGGAAAAACUGUUUUGUACAGUGUGUCAUCUUUGACCAAGGAGGAAAUUUAGUUUUCAUUAGAAAGAAAAUCUUACUGUGACUGCACCAAAGGAGGCCCAGGCCAGGAGCAGGGGGAGAAGGGGGAGAAAGCCCCGGGCCUCGCUGACAGGGCAUGGGUGAGCCGCAUCCGUAGGUCACGGUCAGGUGCAGCACAGGCGGCUAGCAAUCCGGCCGGGCUUCCUGUGGUGGUUGGACGAGAAGGCAGAGUUCCCUUCAACAUGGAUGGAGGCCCACGGUCCUCCCACCUUCCUCUCUGCCACUCCCCUUCAGCAGUCAUUUCCAUGAACUUGAAAUCGUUUUAGCCAUUAGCCUUUUAAGGGUGGGACAGGGAAAGCUAAAACUUUAGAAUAUUAUGCUGCUUUUUAAGUUUAUCUGUCAUUGUGGGAUGCAAGUUGAGGGGUUAAUUAUAAUUGUGUUUUUUAGGGGAUUUUUUUUUUUUUUUUUUUUUUAAAGCAGGGGAUCUUUCCUUGAGAGCUCUGAAAAUAAGCCUUGGAGGAACACUACUGAGUGUGUGUAAGCUCCCUGGUUUUCUCAUCGCGGAACAGUCUUGAGGGCGGGGACUGUGUCUUACUCAGGGGCAGCACCUGGCUCUGUCUUGCCUACAGUAGGUGCUCAAGAAGUUCAUGAAAUGAAUUGCUUUUUCUCAACACUGUCAAGAGCAGCAUGAACGAUUGUAGCACAGCCCAUCCACGUGAUGCUUGAACUGCGUGGGACUCCAGGGGUCAGGUGAAAGAGGCACUGUCAACUUACUAGAAAAGUAUCACUUGACUGCUCCUUUUUCUAAUUGAAAAGGACCAGAUUUUUAAAAUAACCUUAUGUAAAUUCAAAAGUUUGAACUCAAAGUAGAGAAAACUGCUUCUCAAAACUAAAAACAUAGUCUGUCUAGUUUAAAAGCAAAGCCAGGAGCAAGAGGCCUUCUACAAGGUGUUGACAACUCUCUAAAGUGGUUGAUAUAUAUGCAUACCUUGGGGCUGGUACCGCUUGAGUCCUUUCACGUACAGACAGUAUGAUUUCAGCUUAGAUUUCUUACCUUAAAACGCAGUGUUUUGUGUGGAAUACAUCUUGAUUGUGUUCCACAUGAAGUAUUUUCUUAAAAGGCUUUGUGUAAAAUUAAAGUGUGUAUAUUUUCCUACAGCCUUCCAUUGUGAUUUUCAGAGAUACAGCCUUAAAAAAGAUUGGCCCUAAGAAAUUCAUUCAGUGUUUUUCCAGAUGAACCCCUAUUCAUUGAUAUCAUUAGAGUAGAGAUCCUUCGCCAGUUGCAUUUUUGGGGUUUAAGUUAGAAUUUUCUUACAAUUCAGUUGAAAAUUGGCUAGUAAAAUCGUACCCAGUUAAUAAAACAUGCUGACUUAGCUAAGGUGCAGCCCGUGUUUAUUUAAAGUCCUGGAGCUUUUGAGUUUUAAAGGAUACAGUAUAGAUAGUGAUUAAGAGUUGAGACUCUGAAGCCAGUCCAGAAGGCAAGUCAUUUAACCUUCCUGAGCCUUAGUUUCCACGUUGGAAAACAGGGAUAAUAAUAGUAACUACCUCAGGGUUGUUGUAAGGAUUAAAUGAGAUAACGUAUGUAAGCUACUUAGCUUGAGUGCCUGGCACAUGAUGAGCACUCCGUAAAUGGUCACUGCUCCUGCUGUUACUACCACUUAGUCUAGUGGGUCUUCGCCGGGGAUGGGCAACAAAAUCCCUGGAAUUAAAAAAAAACAGUCUGAUGCAUUGGCUCACCCCAGCUUAGACUUCCCAGUGGGGUGAGGUCUCAGCCGAGAAUCCCUCCAGGUGUUUUAGAUACCCAGCACUGUCUGAACACUAUCAGGACCCCAUCCCUUUCCUUCAUAGCUUCAGAAGUUGGAGGAGAGGAUGGUGAAGUUACUUGCCCAUUAUCUCGGUUAAUUGGUGGCAGAGCCAAGGCUAUAGGGUUCAGGUCUCAUGACUUUCUGGUUGUGGGGUCUUUCCACCUUUCCUGCUGCCUUGUGAGACACUGCAAAAAAAAAAAGGUGGCUCGGAUAGACAAUCAGUCUGCACAGUGCUGCACGCUUUCUAAAGCACACGCUCCUGGCAUGCUCUGGCCGUAAGGGGCUUGCAUGCUGAGUAAUGGCAACACGGCGGAGCAGGCGUGCAGUAGAGCUCAGUAACUUAGAAAAGGGGCGGGGGGGGCAUUCUUUUGGACAGACCCCAGGAACACAGCAGUAGUCUGCACUUUGUAAUAAAGAAAUACUAACUCGAGUUUUAAAAAACCUAGUCCUACAUUCCUUUUUCUUAAAAACAAAACAACUUUAUCCAUAUCAUUUUAAUGACUAUGAGGUAAUGUAUAUGAAAGCACUUUGAGAAAAGUAUCAAAUAUAAUUUAACUAUAAGGUUGUGUUAUUACUGUCUGUUUAGAAGAUCAAACAGUCGGUUAGAUGCUGAUUGACUUAAUACGCUUUUACCUGUGGGAGACCGGAAAAUGCAAAUAUAUAAAUAAUCACCCCUGUGACUUAUCACAUUUGUAAAUAUGAAACCGCUAAGUGAAUAUGUGCAGGCAUAGUAAGUGUUUUGCUAAAAUUGUAUCUCAGCCGAGUAACUUCAGAAAACUACGGACCAACUUUCUGGUUUAAUUAUAAUCAUUAAAAAGUAGUAAUGUGUACUCCAGAAUAAAGAGGCUCUUCCGGGGAACUUAACUCAGGAAGAAUUGAGGCCCUUUAUCCUCCGUGUUCCCCUUUUAGGCUACGUGUUCAGCCAGUUAGCAUCCUGACACGGUGGGUGCAGACUCGUACCUGUUGAUGUUGGCAGUGUCUUUUUUUAACCGAUGUCCAGCGUGGUUUUGUUGGGAUUUCUUGGAGGGGAGGGGAGGGGUGGGAUCAGAUGGCCAUAGAACCAGUGCACUUUGGGAAUUAGUUUUCUAGGAUUUCCUGCCAGUUAGAAAUGAUCUUGAUGUUCAUUGCGUGCGCGCGCGCGCGUGUGUGUGUUUCUAAAAUGAGUAGCUAAACACAAUUUGCCUAUUAGAUUAUAAAAUACCCCAGAGUGAAUUGCAUUGGUGGCCACUUUUGAGUUCUAGCUUCACUGCGUUCUGCCCUCUCCCUUCCAAUUUUUGUUGUUGAUGUCAUUGUUACUAUCCUUCCACAGGAGUUCACAUUGGGCUGACAGGGUUGUCAACGUUUUCGUUCAUCACAACUUUGGGGUUUCGUCAUCUUGCUUGGCAUUAAUUUGUUUUAUCUGGAUUUGGGUCCAUCUCUGUGCCCUAAGCAUUUGUUAUGACCAGUUUUCUUAUGUAGAUGGGUCUCUGGAUGUAAGUUUCUUCUUACGAAUUAAUAGACCCCCAGCUGUCUGUAUCUCUGUCAAGCCAGUAGCUCAGUUCUUCUGUAAAUGUCUGCUUUGGUUUGGGGGGUGUGGGAGCAGGAAAGAGAGAGGGAAAGGCAGCCUGGAGGGAGCCUCUACCCUCGUGACAGAGGCAGGCCAAGGCAGCCCCACAGAUGCCUGCCCCAUCCGUGCGACAACCCAGGAAAUUGCUGCUGGCCGUUAGCCUCGCCAGGCAGAGACGAAAGGCCUGGGCUGGUUCUAAAGCUUGUCCCACUCAUAACAACAGUCAGGAUAGUUAAUUCUUUUGGAUAGAGUUCCAGUUUUCCAACUCUCAGAAUUUAAAAAUUCAAAUGCAAGGCUGGCUUUUCUGGGCAAGCGCCUGGAGUAACGAUGAUUGUUGUUACCUGCCCUGUUACCGCCAGAACUUUAGUGCCAUUCCCUGCCCUCCUGUAUCGCCGGGAAGUGUGGCUGGAUUUCCGGGCUGUGCAGAGUGUCUACGCAGGUGACUAAGACAGCCUCCAAGUCUGUCUGGCUUGACGUUUACUGCAGCGUCCCAAUAGGAGGGGUUUUCCUGCUCUGGGGCUGCUUUCCCAUGCCAUACCGGAGGUGAAAGGGUUCAUCUUGAAGAUAACACAUGUGUAAGGCGCUAUUUCCUCCAUUUCCGACUCCGUAUCCUAGAUCCCAAGAGCAGGAUAGGGUAGGAAGAGCGCAUGCUUCUCCCUGGGUGAGGAGGCCUGGGCAGGUCAUCUUGAUUCUAGGAUGACUUGGAGUGGUAGAAGACGCUCUGAGGAUUGUGCCUUCAAAGAUGGGCUUUGUGCGAUUUGCGGAGGAGAGACUUGUAAGCUGGGUUGGUGGUGCACACUUAGUGAGCUAGAACUGGUUAGGUGGGUGGUGGGGGCUCAGUGCCCCAGUCAGUGAGAGUCCCUGCUUGAGAUGUUCCCCCCCAUACAGGACGCUGAGGUGACAGACUGCACUUUUUUCCAGCCCGCCUGGGGAGCUGGGGGAAGGCUGCUCUAACUGGACCCUUCCCUCCCUCCAGGUGCACUUCUUUGCUCUUGUUUUCAAUUAUGAAUUUGAAACUGUUUACGUCUCUUAGAAAAAUGACAUCCUUUAACUUUCCCACUGUUAAGUAUACAUAGUGAGCACAGUAGCAAGGCCCUGGUAACAGCCCGGGGUCACAGAUGGCGUGUGAACAGAUCUAACCUGCAGACCAUCUGAAGGAAGGGGUGUCUCCUUUAAGUCGAAAGCUUAGGCUCCACUUUGUCCUUAGACCACACCCAAUUCGUGCCCUCUGUGUCUGUUCUGUGAAGUCCUUUGUUCCUCAUUUUACUCAGAGGAGCACGUUUCUGGGCCCUGCGUGUCACUCCAAGCUACUGAGCUCUGCGUGCAGGGCUUGAGGUCUGGGAGCAUUCUAGUCAAUUCUUUAAGACAUGGUGGAGGUGAGUGGUCCAGUGCUCGUGGGCUUCAAGAAAGAAAGGAAAUAGUUCGUCUCAUUGAAGCUUGCCUAUUAGGUUUGCUUCUGAGCCUCAGGAUAGAAGUUGCAAAUCAUGUAAUUGAGCACCAUAAACUUCAGUUGGAGAAUGGGACUUCUAGUUAAUAAAAUUUUCACAUGUAGGGUAGUUUUCAUCGGUUGUAACACAACAGUAACACAGGUGUGCCUAAUAAAUUUAUUCGUGAUUCAGAAGAUAUUGCAGGAUCCUGUAGGGCUUUAGUAUCCUCACUGGUGAAUCCCAAAUACUGUUCUGCACAAUUCAGAAGUACCAUACCAUGUGUUGAGAGUUGGCAGGCCUGCCAAGAGACCGAGAUGUUUCUGGUAGGUGAAGGCCAGGUAAGCCAGCCUGCCUCCGUUUGGACAAGCUGUUUUUCACUGUGGCCACUGUUCUUGGGAUUCCGUUAUGAGAGAAAUUUUCUGAGAUCUUGAGAAAUCACCUUGAUUAGGGUGAUUGUCCUUCAGAGAAAUUAGUAUUCAGAAACUAGAAAGGACAAUGAGGUACUCAGAGUUCUUUAGGGCAUAUGUUUGAAAACCCUCAUCUCUCAGAUCUAUAUGGAGGGUCUGUGUUCUGUCCACAUUCUGUACCUACACCAUUGUGCUGAGAAAGGAGGGGAGUCAGUGAAAGAGGGUCUUUCUCACUUAAUUCAGAUCUUUCCCUGUGGUGAAGAGAAGCUGUGCCCUGGUUUGGUGUGUUGGCCACGAGCAGGCUGACUGAGCUGUGUAUGCAUCCUCAGAACCCCCCAUCUCCUGGGUAGACCCCACACUUUUACUUCUUGCAAUCUGAUUCUGAAAUGGCUAUCAGUGGAGAAACCCAGUUUUAUGCUUGCUUGUCAAAAAGAAGUUUGAACGUUUCAUGGUGGUUGAUAGAACUUUGUCCUACAGCCUAUGAUUCAGUCUUUAAAACUCGUUUAACGUUUAUACCAAAGGUCACGCUCCGCAGGUGUAUGCGUGGUGGAUGCACGGGGGUGAGGCCUGGAGGGCCUGGCACUGUGCACCGCUGAGGGGACACAGGGAGACAGUACGGGAUUUCACUGGAAACACAUCAGUCAUGGGUCACACUACCAGUGUUGUCAGGUAUUUGUUCUUGUAAUAUAUUUUCAGGUGUUUUGUUUUUCUAAUUUAAUUCUCUCACCCUGUUGUCUGACUGUGAACUGCUAACAGUGUUAAACUUGAUGUAAAUAAAUGAGGCCCUUGAAAGGGGAA